UCUUCUCUACAAUGUGGUCUAACGUCGUCGUCGCCCUCGUCUUGUUUUGCGGUGGCAUUGCUGCAGUUGCAUCGUCCUCCGACGGUGGCGGCUCGGUUCGUUUCGCGGUGGACUUUUUCAAGCGUGCUUACACCGCUCGGCAGAACGCGAUCCUCGCCCCGAUCGCCAUCCGGAGUGGUCUCGCGAUGAUGCACCACGUGGCCACCCCGGACGCGGCACGGAUCUUGCGCGAUGGUUUGUAUCUGCCAGCGGAUGGGUUGGGAGUGAUCGAGCAGACGAACUGGGCGAUGAGUCGUGUUAACGAGCGGAAGAGAAUGUUGGAGAUGUUGUCCAGGGUGUAUCUGCCGGACGCGCCGCUUAAUCCGGAGUUGGUUGCCCAUUUGAGGGACAAUUUUGGGACUGGUUCGGAGAUAGUGAAUUUUGCUGAGGGAAGCGAGGUCGCUGAGCGCGUCAACUCGUGGGUCAACGAAUCUAGCAGGGGAAUGAUUCCGGAGUUUUUGAAGGCUGACGAGCUCUCCGGAGAUGUGACUUCGCUGCUGAUCAACGUGAUGGUUAUGAACGCCUCUUGGGGGUUCUUCGAUGAGAAGAAAACGAAGAAGCAGACGUUCCACUUUUUGGACGGAGAUCACAAAGUGGACAUGAUGAAGGUGGAUGGAACGCUUCCCCGAAUGUAUCUGGAGGAUCUCAUGACGGAUGCGAUCAAGCUAUCCUACGGAUGGCGUUCAGAUCUCUCGAUGGUUAUUCUAUUGCCGAGGAAAGAGGUUGACCUUGAGCACGUUAUCAAGCACUUCACUGCCGAUCACUAUAAACAGCUGGUUUAGCUUGAUAAUGAGGACAAAUGGUAUGGAAAUAUACGGCUGGGAGUUCCA